CGUCCGCUUUACACUGACUUCUGUUCCUGUCAACCUUUGCAACAUUCGUUAGCAAAAUGAAGUUCGAGAAUGUGCUGGCAGAGAUCAGUGGCUUUGGGAAAUUCCAGAUGAGGACAAUCGCCUUGUUGAUAAUUCCUCGUAUGACUUUGCCUUUUCAUUUUCUACUGAAUAAUUUCAUUGCAGUUGUUCCCUCUCACCACUGCAACGUGAGCUCUUUGGAUGAUGGACCGAUUUUCGGGAAUCUAUCUCAAGAAGAGAAGGUCGUCGUUGGUAUUCCCGUUCAGCCAAAUGGGGAUCCAAGCUCCUGCCGGAUGUUCCGAGAGCCCCAGUAUCAUCUGCUUUUUAACGCUGCCAACACCACUGAUGCACCCACGAUGCCAUGCGAGAAUGGCUGGGUGUACGACAACAGCACCUUCAGGUCCACUCUGGCCACAGAGUGGGAUCUGGUUUGUGAUAACAGAAGCAUGAACAGAGCCACGGCUACCAUCUUCUUCAUGGGGGUCAUGGUUGGAGCAGCAGUAUUUGGCUAUCUUAGUGACAGGUUUGGCCGCAAAACAACCCUCAUGGUGUCCUACGUAGCAACCACCGUCUUUGCAUUCUCAAGUGCUUUCUCUACUAGUUUUCCUGCAUUUGCUGCCACAAGGUUUUUAACUGGAGUGGCAAUUUCUGGAAUAAGUUUAGUCUCCAUCGUCCUUUGUGUUGAAUGGGUGGGCAUCAAGCAUCGAACUUACGUGGGUGUUUUAAUGAGCUUGGACUGGAGUUUCUCAACUGUGAUACUUCCUGGCCUCGCCUAUUUUGUGAAUGAUUGGAGGAAACUGACUUUUACUGUGACCACCCCGCUGCUGGUUGCUAUGUUCACCUGGCGAUGGCUCCCAGAGUCUGCCAGAUGGUUGCUCAGUAGCGGUAAAGUGGAGCAGGCUCAUUUUUACCUUAAACAAUGUGCACAAGUCAACCGCAGAGAGGAGUUCAUGGCUGACUUAAAGCCUGAGCUCCUGUCCAAAGUCAUACUUUCAGAUGAUGAAAAUAGGAAAUAUUCCUUUCUGGACCUUGUGAGAACUCCCACAAUGAGAAAACUGGCUCUUCUCACUGGCAUUGUUUGGUUUGGAAUUAACUGCACGUAUUAUGGAAUCAGUCUGAAUGUCCCGGGGUUUGGUGUGAACAUUUACCUCACACAGUUCAUCUACGGCGGAAUAGAAGUUCCAGCAAAAAUCUUCAUAGUUUUAUCUUUGAACAGAAUUGGUCGAAGGUUGACUCAGGCUGGAACACUUAUUCUGACAGGACUGUGCAUAUUCUGCAACUUUUUCAUCUCCCAAGAUCAGUGGGCUUUAAAGACGACCGUGGGAGCUUUGGGCAAGAUGUUCUCUGAAGCCGCUUUUACAACUGCAUUCUUGUACACAACAGAGAUUUACCCAACAGUCAUGAGGCAGAUCGGAUUAGGUCACAGCUCCUUCAUGGGCCGUCUGGGCGUCUCUGUGUCUCCACUGAUGAUCAUGCUUGAAGACGUGUGGUUCCAUCUGCCAAAUAUCAUCUUCGUUUCGGUGGCUUUAAUCGCAGGACUGUCAGCUUCUUUUCUCCCGGAAACCCGAAACGUCCGUCUGCCAGAAACCAUUGAGGAUGUGGAACGGACAAGAAGACCAUCGGUUUCCACCUCUGAUGAGAUGCAAACAAAGGAGUGAGAGGUCGCAGAUUAUGUCUGGAAUUACCAGAAUUUUUUUUCAAACAAUUUGGAGUCCAUCAUUCAACACAGAGGACUACU